ACCAAUGACGUUUGUUUAAAAAAAUCAUAUAAAAUAGAAAGAACAUGAACCCAUUUAAAAAGAGGUGUGCCUUAUUAGGCCCACUUGGCCAAACCAUUCUACAUUGGUGUGGGGUGUCUGGGUCCAGUAAUGUGAAAGCUAUUGCCUGUUUUGUUUGUUUUUUGUGAGAGUGUGUGUGUGUGUGUGUGUGUGUGUGUGUGUGUGCGUGUGUGUGUAUGUGUCACAUGUAUUGAACAGCCUUCAAAACAGACAGACAGACGGAAAGAUGGACGGACGGACAGGGGAAAAAAAGAGGAGCUAUGCUGCUUUCUCCACUGCAGCUGCUGCACUUGGGCCCAGAGCUCCAACUCAUGAUUUUUUACCUUUUUUGAAAGUGACAGGUGCCAUAUGUGAAAACAUUUCACUUGAUUGGGAUUUUAGCCUUCUAGCUCAAGGCAAUAAGGAGAAAUGGCCUCUGUCCACUUGCCAUAUACAAUACUGAGGUAUAGACGAAUUCGGCGAAAAAAACAGAAGUCGAGCAGCCGCCAUUACUGCGGUGACAGCUCCCUGUAAGGCAUCCAUGGGCUCUGUGCGCAAAGCGGGCAUUUGAAUGCAAGCUCCAAGAAGUGGACCAUUUCUCUUCGGUGAAUAUGUCUAGGAAGGCUGGGAGGACAUGUGCCAUCCUCAGCUGUUCUAAUAACAGCGGAAAACUCCAACUUUGGAACAAAACGAUAUGCAAAAUACACAGCCCCUUACUUCACGCGGACUGUCCAUGUUUUAGACCGUACGGUUUACACAGACUUCCUGGGCGUGCCGAGGACCAAGGUGUUCGCCACAGGUGGAUAAAGAAUAUCAACAGAAAGGACUUUGUUGCCAAUAAAAACAGUACGGUGUGUGGAAUACACUUCCCUGAUGGCAGACCAACGAAGGAACACCCAUACCCUGUAUUGAAUAUGAGAUAUGAACAUCAUGAAACACUGUCAUCUGGAAGACCACCCCCAAAGAGAAGAUGUCUCGAGCCCUUAAUAGACAACACAUCAUGUGAUGAACCUGAAGUAAUGGAUUCUGAAGCUGAAGUAAAUGUCACCGAUUUGGAAAAUACUGUGCCUCUGCAGAAAUGUGAUGUUGGCAUCCAGUGGCCAGAUACUAUAGCCCAUAACUAUUGUUCUAACAAGUCAACAAAAGACAGUGCUACACAAACUGAUCCUGCACCAUCAGUGUCAGCUUGCGACUUGGAUGACAAAGACUCAAAGUUUUUCACUGGCCUAGGUAUUGACAGUUUUUGGCAACUUUUGUACACCAUCAUGGCUUUUCUCCCACAGCCAAAAAUUUCCAAGUUGGCAGUCCAUGAACAACUAUUACUAGUUCUAAUGAGGCUUCGUCUUGGUUUGAUGUUUACAGACUUAAGUAAACGGUUUGGGAUAAGCAGGGCCACAGCCUGUGAGAUCUUCACAAUGUGGAGACCAGUACUGGCAAAGUUCAUGAGAGAAAAAGUUAUUACUUGGCUGCCUAGAGAUACUCUGAAAAGAAUAAGACCUCAGAGUUUUAGUGAAAACUACCCUAAAGCAACAUGCAUCAUAGACUGCACAGAAAUAUUUGUACAAAGGCCAAAGAACUUAAGGAAACGAUCACAAACAUACAGCAACUACAAACAUCAUAACACCUACAAAGUUCUAUAUUGCAUAGCCCCCAAUGUGAUGUUUGUGUCAAAACUGUUCGGUGGCAGAGCCAGUGAUACUUUUAUUACGAAGAACAGUGGUCUUGUUGACCAUUUGAUUCCGGUGAUCAGAUUUUGGCAGACCGUGGAUUUACAAUCACAGAUGUACUGCCUCCAGGAGUGACUUUGGCUCUUCCAGCAUUUACACGUGGCUGUAAAGAACUCUCAGAGCAUCAAGUUACAGAAACACGUCGUCUGGCCAAUGUGAGAAUCCAUGUUGAACGUGCAAUUAGAAGGUUAAAAUGUAUCAAAAUUUUGAGUAAUGUAAUCCCUGGUAGGGUAAAACAUGUUGAUGAUAUUGUAAGUAUUUGUGCAGGCCUGUGUAACCUGCAACCUGAGUUGAUUCGGGGGGAAACUGAGGAAGACAAGGAAUUUGAACUAGAUGAAGGUAAAGACAUUGAUGAGCAAGAGGGAGAUGAAUAUUUAUGGGACACUGCAGAAGACACUGGGGAAAACUAAGAUUGAUAGGGCACUAGUAAUUGUAUUCUCCAUAAGUCAUUGAGAGAAAAGAUGAGCACACUACAAAAAAAAAUCAUUUAAUUUUAAUUCAUGUUUAAUAUCUGCUGUAUUAUCAUUAUGGAAAAAGUAAAAUGAAGCAUCAACAUGUAACAUUUUUAACACCUUUGUUAACAUUGUUUUCCAGUAGAAACCAUAAAAAAGUUAAGUCAGUGAGUUCCAGAAACAAUAGGAAUAAGUGAACUAAGAUUGAACCAACAACUGUGUUCCAUAGACACGUAAAGUGACAGUUGUCAUACUUCAUUUGUCCUUGUUUCAAUAGUAAUAUUUGUCAUUUUGCUUACAAUCAUUUUGUCCUUGUCCUCACAGUACAGUAUGUUUUUCUUAGUUCAUUUUCUUAGAGUUUGUUUUCCCUUUUUCCUCCAAUUCAUUUUAUAUUAGUGGAUAGACGGCAAUGAAGCAAAAUUUAUAUUACAUUAAAUUACAAGAAAUGUUGUCUAUGACCACACAGAAACAAUAUGGAAAUCAAAGGUAAUGAUAUCCUCACAGUGAGUCUGAUUUUUAAAAUGUGAAUAAUCUCUGUGUUGAUAGAUUUUAUGUAUGUUUGGCAUAAACUGUGGCAAUGGGGUUGUCAGGGCUUUGAACUUCGUAAUUGCCCUAGCUGGGACUGCUGACAGAACAGGUGAAAUGAACUAACUUCCUGUUGUUUUUAGAGCAGAAGUGUGUAGUUGUCCUCUUGACCUAAGUGUAUUUUAGCCUCAUGUCUUUCCCACUGCCCUCCCACCCACUUAAACUCCCCACAGGUUAAAUGUAAGUUUAGAGAUGCUCUAAUCAUAUUUUUUUCUUACAGAUCUUUUUGUCAGUUACUUUGUCCUACAGUAAAUGUAAUUUGUCCUUGUGAUCUUUUCUUACUGUUUACUAAACAUUGUAAUUACAGCUCUGUAUUCACUGUAUGACACUGUAGUCCUCAUUAAAGUCAGAGCAAAACUA